GUUCAGGGUCGUUGCGUCCCUCACAGACGCACCAGCAGAGUAAACAAACGGGCGUUAGCAUGCUCAGCUAGUUAGUUAGCUGCUGUUACAGAAAGGAGCGCUAGAGAGUUCAUGUUUCUCUACAUACUCUGAAACUCCACAGUUAAAGUCUUGUCGACAUGGAGGAGCUGGACACCGCAGCGAUUCUCCCCGCUGAUGUCCUCAACGACGACCACAAAGAGGAGGAGGACGAACCGACCACCGGCUCCGGUCGACCACCGUUCAGCUGCUCGCUGCUGCCGGUCACCGUGGAGCCGGUGUUGUUCCUCUCCAUGUUCUCUCUGGCCCUGCAGGCUCCUCUCUCCACCCAGUACCUGUGGGACCGCAUCAGCGAGGACCUCGGCUACAACGGGUCCAAGAGGGCGGGCUGCAGCAACAGCUCCGCGGCUCCAGAGCCUCUACAGACGGAGGUGGAAACCCUGACAGCCCACUGGAACCUGUACAUCAGUCUUGGCGCCUUUUCUGUAGGCCUGUUGGUGGUUCCUCUCCUGGGCUCAUGGAGUGACCUCGCAGGUCGCAGACGAGUCCUAAUCCUACCCAACCUGGGCCUAGCUGUCCAAGCAGUGGUUUACCUAGUGGUGAUGUACCUGAAGCUGCCUGUGGUCUACUUUCUAGUGGGCAGGCUGAUCAGUGGCCUUUCAGGGGAUUUCAACGCCAUCCUGGCAGGCUGCUUUGCAUAUGUGGCUGAUACCAGCGACAGAAGGUCCCGCACCAUCAGGGUGGCGGUCUUGGAGGCUUGUCUGGGCCUGUCGGGGAUGCUAGCGAGCAUCAUCGGAGGGCAGUGGCGGCGGGCACAAGGGUACAUCAACCCAUUCUGGCUGGUCGUGGCCACUAACUUGGCGUCGGCUCUGUACGUUUACCUGUUUGUCCGUGAGUCUGUCGUGCCAGACCCAAGUGCCAAGCUCUUCACGUCUCGCCACUAUAAAGCUGUCUGGCACCUCUUCUCAACAGGAGGCAGCACCAACGAGGCGGGGGGAAGAUAUCACAGAUGCAAGCUGUGGCUUUACACGCUGUGUUUCUUCCUGGUGGUGGGCGUACACUCCGGCAGCAGGGAGUUGUAUGUGUUGUAUGAGCUGAGCUCGCCGCUGUGCUGGGGGCCGGCACUCAUCGGCUACGGAUCAGCAGCUUACCACCUGGCCUACCUGAGCAGUCUGCUGGGGCUGAAGAUCAUGCAGUGCUGCAUGGAGGACUCCUGGGUGGCUAUCGUGGGUCUGACCUCCAAUAUCAUCGGGCUGGUGGUCUUCUCUAUAGCUGACACCACCCAGCUCAUUUUCACAGGUUAUGGUCUGAGUUUCCUCUUCGUGGCUAUGACACCUGUCAUCAGGUCAAAGCUGUCCAAGUUGGUGGGCCCAUCAGAACAAGGUGCCCUGUUUGCCUCUGUUGCCUGUGUGGAGAGCUUAUGUUAUCUGGUUGGCAGUGGCGUCUUCAACUCCGUGUACCCGGCCACGCUGUACUUCAUGAAGGGCUUCUCCUUCCUUCUUGCUGCCAUCAUCCUCCUCAUCCCCGCUGGAAUAAUUGGGACCCUGCAAUGUUUAGACCAGAGGAGAGACCACAGAGACUCCACAUCGUGCUGACCUGAAGAGAGUUAAAGUCCAUCCUGGUGUCAGUCUAUGAGGUGAGCAGCGCAGAGACAUCCAUCAUGUCCAUCUGUGGUGCUGGGAGAGACUUUUGAUUUUAAUACAGUGAUGGAGCAGCUGACUGUUGUUAUGGGAUUAUUCCUAGUCACACCAAAGUGAUGAAGAUCAGAGGAUAAAGACUCAACCUCCUGACGUACAUGACAAUAAAAACCUCAUCUGUUUUAAUAAUUAAAUAUUGGAGAUUGGGGCUUUAUCAAAUCUUUGCUUCCCCUAAAUACUAAACGGUCUUCUGAUGUUUCAUCAUGGGACAUUCUUAGAAUAUUGGAAAGAGCAAGGUUUGAUAGAUGAUUUCAUUUUGUGAUUUGAUGCCAAAGAAUGUGCCUUACGUUUCCAUUUUGAAUGUAUUAAUUCAGUAGCUCUAAUAGCACACUACAGGUUCAGAUGCUAACCAUAAGAGGAAACUCUUCACUUGUUCUAAAACAAAUCGUGCAACAUAGUGUGUUCACAGAGGGUUAAAAAGGGAAGUAACAGAUAUAAUGUAGUUUUGAUUUGAGACAUGUUGUUGAUCUA